AUGAACUUUAUUGACGUUGUUUUGAUCAUCGUGUUGGAUCUAAACAACCCUGCGGUGAACAAUCUUCCUGCUGGGCCGCGCGUUCUUGCUGCCAUAUUUCAAUCGGCCUCAUCAAGGCACACGGGAACAGCAAUAUUCAACUUGGCAGAGGUCAGCCCAGCUGUUCAGUUCAGUCUUGUGGUCAUGAUGUAUGUGGCCGUAUUCCCUAUCGCUAUAAGCGUGAGGGCGUCGAACAUCUAUGAAGAAACAACUCUGGGGGUGUAUACCAAAGAAAACGACGUGGAUGAAACAAAUGGUCAAUCCUAUAUCAUGGCCCACAUUCAGAACCAGCUCACCUUCGACUUGUGGUACAUUUUCAUCGGAGUCUUCUUUAUCUGCAUUGCCGAGGCAGGGAAGAUUUCCGAUAAUUCGAUUCCUGCCUUUUCAGUCUUCUCGGUGUUCUUCGAGGUAGUUUCAGCCUAUGGAAAUGUCGGCCUAAGUCUUGGGUAUCCGACAGUGAACACAUCCCUCAGUGGAGAGUUUACUGUCUUUAGCAAACUUGUUGUUUGUGCGAUGAUGAUACGAGGCCGCCACAGAGGAUUGCCGUACAAGCUUGAUCGUGCCAUUGUACUCCCCAGAGAACGUCUGGUGGAAGACGAUACCGAGGAAGACCCGAAUCGGAGAGGAAGGCAGUUUCGACAAAUAUCGGGGAUCAAACGCUAUCAUACAAACUAG